AUGCCAUUGGUGGUAAUCAGCCAGGUUGAUGUCAGGGGACGACCGAGGCGCACGGAAGGAGCUACAGGAGCGAGCGUCUUAGAUCGCAGCGCAGGAGAACCGAAGCCAGAGCAGACGCCGGACGGAGACUGGACGGGUUCGAGGCUGUGUAGACACUCACGAGUGGCAAAGGAGCGGCGCGUCGGGCUGGACCCCCCCCCCCCCCCCGGCAGCGGCAGACAACGCUGGAAACGAGAUAACUGGACACAGGCCACAGACGCGCAGCGGACUGGGGUCAACAGGAGCAGACAUGGACUGGACACAGGCCACAGACGCGCAGCGGACUGGGGUCAACAGGAGCAGACAUGGAGUAGAGACUUGAGCAGCGGUGCGGGCAAGCCAAGGCGGCAUACAACGCUGGGAAUGAGAUUAGUAAAGGGACGUAUACGAAUCCUCACACUGCGAUCUGAGCACUUUGAACAGUGUUGGACAGCGUGUAAACCCCGGUCCUCUCCACAGCGGGACACAGGCCACAGACGCGCUACGGCCCGGGGACUGCAGGAGCAGAGGCGUGGGAGAGCGGACGCACACUACCGGGAGGACAGCUGGCCCGGGACAGUACAAUCCGGGAGACGAAGGCUCUAG